ACCCUUUAAAGUAUUCAUAUAUACUUUCAAACAUACAUUUAGCCUGCCUUUGUAAUAUGAGCAUGUUUUUUUUGCUCUGCUUCUGCAAAACUAGUUAGACAACUUUAUCCACACCCUCUUGCCUGCCAAUCCACUCUGCGCCCCAAUCAGACACCUGAACGCUGAGGUCAGGUCCGCUAAAACGCAUCGCUGCCAGAACCGGGCCUACAGGCUCAAAUCCCUCCUCCUGAAACGAGAGGAGUGAAUACAGAGCAGGUUAGCAGGUGCUUAAGCUGUCGAGAAGAAGACUUUUUAAGUGACGUUUAACACAGCUUCUCCCUUCUCUACUGGAUAAAAAUGUAAGAUCCUAUCAGCGUGUGAAUCUUGUGCCAGUGUUUUGCUGUACUGGAGGAUGGAGCUCUAGCUCAUAACCUGCAGGAGCAGGAAAUUGAGCAGUAUUACAACUCAAAUGUGCAGAGGAAUCAGCUGGUGCAGAGGGACAUCAGAGUAGCAAAGAGACUCCAGGAUGAGGAGAAGCAGAGUGCUCAGAUGCUUCAGCAACAGGCCACUCGUCAACUGGAGGAGCGGGACUCGGAAUACGCACGCAUGAUUCAGGAGGAGAUCCAGAGACGUGCGGAGGAGGCUGUGAGGAGGGAGGUGGAGGACGAGGAAAUUGCAAAAAGGAUACAGGAAGAGGAAGAGCUUUGUGUGAGACACCGGAGCAGUUACCAAAAUAAAGAUGGUAGAGAGUCCACAAGCAUUCCUGCUCGUCCAUACUCACCCCAUGCUCCUCACAAUCGGUCUCCAACUAGAAGAUGGCAGCUCUCCUCCUCGCCCACUUACUCAGACUCUGAGGAGGAACUGAUUGAGUACAGCAGGCCUACAGUCAUACGGCAGGACAGCAAACUCAAUGUAGGCCAGAGGAAGCUGGUCAGAAGACCUUCCAGAGCUCAUUUAGAGCAGGAUGACAGGAGCAUGACCAGCCAGAGCAGCAGCAGCAGAUCCUCACACCUGUCAGGUGGAUGGGGUGAUGUCAUCAAGCUCAUAAAGAAUGAUAUGAGCGAGCAAGGCUACCUCAGCAACAGCUCUGAGGAUGAUCUCUUUGAACCCGUCUAUAAACUUGAGAAACUAUUGCGACAGAAGCAGCAGGUCUCGGGAAAGAGGCUGAGUCGCCACAGCAGUGUGAGGGAGGAUCAUAGCAGAACGUGGCAGGGAGACGGUUGCGGUCGUAGGGAGAGUUUUAGGGAAAGGCAUGUUCAUUUCCCGGAUGAACGGAGGUCCAAUCGUGGCAACAGUUGUAGGACCAGCGAAAAUGGUUACAGUGACACUAGGGAAAGAGUUCAGUGUUCAACAGGGAUAUUAAGGGAUGAUCACACACACCUCAGAGAAACUCAAGGUCUCCAGACUCAAGCUCAGGUGUUUCGACGGAACAUUUCAAUGCGACGUAGUUAUCAUGGUAACGUAAGGCGGUCAUCAGUGCGUGAUGGAAGCAGAACAUGCAGCGUAGAUGAUUCUAACUUGGCUAGAGCAAGACUCUCAAAUAAUGCCCCCUCACUGCAUGCUAGAGCACCACAGUUGAUGGAGGUGGAAGUGGAGGACCAUUUGAGAGAUACAGGGAGGUUGGAGAUGAUGAGAGCCAGAAACGCACGGCAGAGAGCUAGAUCAUUAGCCGAGGAUGAAAGGAGGAUAGACAGGGACCACAGGCGUGGAGAUGGUAGAGUGAGGCGAAGUCAAAGCGAGCGCUGGCAGACCUUUGAGGAAGAAAGAUCGAGCACAGAGGAAGAGAUGGAGAGGGAGAGCAGGAGGGAGGAGAGACGGAUGCAGAGACUCCAGUCUUCCGGAGCAGGAUCUGCUUUUAGGAGUGAAAUGGCUGCUCUUGACUUGGGAGAACUGGAGCAAGUGCUGCUGGAUGAGGAGCUGGCCCGCAGGCUUCAGGAAGAGGAGGAGAGAUUGACUGAAGAGACUCGGCAAGGUUCCUCUCCUCUUAGAAGGGACUGUCCUGUUGGAGACUUCAGAGCGGCACAAGUUGCUCAAGAUGAGGAAAUUGCACGUUUCAUGCAGAAACAGGAGAUAAAGGCUAAACGGAGAUCUCGUGAGCUGCAACAUGCUGGACCUGGGCGGGAAUACAGGGAGAAUGACAGGAGAGCAGCAUGUGACAGACAGAGGCAGAGACUGGAUUCUGAAGGACUUCAAUCCCCAGUUGAGGACUUUACUCCAAGUCAAAAUUCCAUGACCAUGCAAUCGCAAGCCAUCAGGAAUGUUGCAGAAGAGCUGGACCCCACUUUUCAAAGGAAGGAUGCAGAUGAAGCAGGACAAAUUAAUGGUCCCUGUCAAAUUCAAACUUCACAAGUAGGCUUGUACAAUCCCUUGGAAGAACCUACUUUUGUGCCACCCACGAAACGACAGAGUGACAAACUGGGACGAGUAAAGCCCAAGGAGAAAAAGGAAAAUACAAAACAGAAAGAGAACUGCAAGCAGCAGUGAUGUUGGACAUAUUAUAGUUGAUUUCACACACUUAUAACAAAUUCAUGAAAGAUUAAAGAUAUGCAUGUAUGUCCUGACAAUUUGGGGCUUUCCAGUCUUCUGCUUUCUCCAAGACUUAUGGGAUACUUUUUAACCAACAAAUCGACUUGAACUUGCAAAACAGGGACACUCCAUCCAGAUAAUGCUGCUAUUACUAGUAAACAUCUGUUUAGGUCAUGUCUUGGUUUUUUGGUUUAUUUGUUUCAUUGUAGUUUAGCGGCUGAUAUGUCACCACCAUGGGAAAGCUCCCUCUAUAAGUACUUGGAAUUACACAUUUGACUUCUGGGAAAACCUGAAAUGAUACUACACUUUGAUAAAGGAAGUUGGCACAUGGUUGAGUUAACAUCUGGAGUUUUCUGCAUGACUGUUAAUCUCUGAAGAUGCCCAAGCGGGCCUUCUUUUAGAAUUUCAUGUACCUUUUUUUUCCCCUGUAUUCCAGGAACUACACCAGUCUUAAUUUGCCUAAAGUGUUUUUUUUUUUUCUCCAUUUUUAUUCGUCUCCAUAUUAUGUAUGCCUCUAAUUUGUAAGAAGUUAGACAUUUUUUGCAAAAAAAAACCAACAAAUCAUGCAUUCAUAUUGUAAAAAUGUUUACUAUUCAUAAUACUACUACUAAUAAUAUUUAGUGGUUUACAAGACUUCUCUGGAUUGAGUUCCUUCUUUAUAGUCUACAUCAGCAUAUAUUCUAUAUAUGUAUAGUUUUACAAGGCUGGAGGAAAUGAAACUCAUUUUUGUGUAUUUUUGUACUGCCACCAUUAUGUUUCCAAUAUAUUUAGCACUGUUAUGACAAUGUUAAAUGUGUUGUCAUGAAUCAGUAUGCCGCCUUUAAUGCCUAUAUAAAGUUUAAAAAAGGCUUUGUACAGAAGACAAAAUUAUAAUAUUAUUAUUGUUCUGGAUGUAUAUCAAUAAACACUUUACACUUGCAGCAGAAA